UACCCCUUCCUCCCACACAUUUGCUCAUCUGUAUUGUGUGGUCUGCUCUAAGAGAUAGCUCUCUGUUCUGUGUGCUUUUAGCGGUUUUCUUUCUACACUUUAGAGAGAAGAUAAUGGCGGCGCUGGUAGUUUUAGGGCUUGCUGUUGUGUUAGGCGUUUUCAGUAGGGGUCAUGUUGUUUAUGGUUCGGGCUGGACUAGCGCCCACGCUACCUUUUAUGGAGGCAACGACGCAACUGGAACUAUGGGUGGGGCUUGUGGGUAUGGAAAUCUUUACAGCCAAGGAUAUGGCACUAAAACGGCAGCACUAAGUACUGCUCUGUUCAACAACGGGCUCAGCUGCGGAGCAUGCUACGAAAUAAAGUGCAACGACGACCCACAAUGGUGCUUGCCCUCCUCAAUCGUUGUCACCGCCACCAACUUCUGCCCGCCCAACAAUGCACUCCCUAACAACAACGGCGGGUGGUGCAAUCCUCCCCUGGAGCAUUUUGACCUCUCGGAGCCCGUUUUCCAGAACAUUGCCAAGUAUAGAGCUGGAAUUGUGCCUGUCGUGUACAGGAGGGUGUCCUGCCACCGCAAGGGAGGAAUUAGGUUCACCAUAAACGGGCAUUCAUACUUCAAUCUGGUGCUGAUCACGAACGUUGGGGGAGCAGGGGAUGUGCAUGCUGUGUCAAUAAAGGGCUCAAAGACUGGUUGGCAGGCAAUGUCACGCAACUGGGGCCAAAACUGGCAGAGCAACACUUUCUUGGAUGGGCAGAGCCUUUCUUUCAAGGUCACUACCAGUGAUGGAAAGACCGUCACUUCCUAUAACGUGGCUCACGCUGGCUGGCAAUUUGGCCAAACUUUUAGCGGGUCUCAGAUACGGUAGCUUCUAGCUAAUUUGUAAUCACAGCUAGUGGGUAUGUUAGCGAUGAUAUAUUUUAGGGCUAAGAUUCUAGUUUUAGUAUGUCUACUCAGCCAGGGACUCUGUUAUUUGGGUAUUUUGGGUGUUUUGAAUGUAUUGUGGGGAUGCCGGGGUGGCUAGGAAACGCCACCCGUUCCCUUUACACUUGACAAAUGGUAGUUGUCUUUUUGGUUAUAACUGUAAUGUGGUUAAUAGGCGUUAUCUGGCAGAGGAGGUUUGUCGCCACCCGCACUUACUAACGCCAUUUCCAGUGAUGUAAAAGAGUGUGUUGUAUUCAAGGAAAUAUUUCCCAUA